AUGGAAUACGAAUAUUAUCAUCAACAAUCUCUUAUUGAGAAACCAUGCCUCGCUAUGCAAAUUCCUCCCGAAAUUUUCAUAAGCAUUUGUAAGGAUUUACCACCUACUGAUCUUCUCUCCCUCGCUAGUGUAUGUAAAAAGUUUUACGGGUACCUUUGUUCAAUGAAUUCGUUCACCACUCAAGAAAUUUGGAGGAAUUCUCGCUUAACUUUCUUACCUUUUGUUCAAUUGUCACCACCUGAAGGUAUGACUGAACUUCAGUAUGUGAAGUUGGUUACUGAGCGUGGAUGUCAAUUUUGUGGAAAGUCAAGGAUUAGAAAAAUUUAUUGGCCUUUUCUCGUAAGGUGUUGCAAGAAAUGUCUUGAAGAUAGGACGAUUAGGAUGGAUCAAAUUAGGAAUCAAAUAUUUUCUCAAGAUUCAAAAACUCUUGAUGAUAUCCUUUGCGGGUUGACAUUCACUACCGGACUUAAUAAAUCCGAAUGGGAUAAAAGUCCAAAAAAUCGACCCUCAAGUUUGUAUUGGAUCCAAGACGUUCAUAAGAUUUAUAACGAAUUUAAUAAAUUAAAUGUUAACGAACGUCAAGAUUGGAUUGAACAAAAUCGGGAGAAAGGACGUAGUAAGAUGGAACAAAAAAGGGAUGAUCGUGCGAUGGCAAUUGAGAAUUUAAUAAGGGGAGAAAAAAAUGAAUACGGAUUUCCAAGAUUUAAAAUGUCUGUGGUUGAAAAAUGCAUGACAUAUAAUAAAGCAAUCAUUUCAUCAGCUACAAACCCUUUCACAAAACGAGCUUGGAAUGGUUUUCGUAAUAAAUUAAUUCCCGAAUAUAUGCGAAUAGCCGCAAUUUUAAGAUCAAAAAGACAAGAGUUGGAAAGACGUAUGACGGUUGACGUCGCUAUACAGACGCGUCAGAUGGAUAUCGUUAAAGUGAUCUUUACUUUAUUGCGUCCAGAGAUGGAACGUCAACAAAAUAAUCAUAUCCAACCUUUAGCAAAUAAUAACAUGGAAAAAAAUUCGAAUUCGUCUUCAGAUUCUAGUAGUGUCUCGAAUGAUUCCAAUUAUAAUUCAAUUGUCAGGAUGAAUUCCAUCUUUGAAAGUUCAAUGAUAAAGUUCUUGCCCUGGUGUCCAUCAUUUCGUAAUCCUCCUUUUACGAAUCAGGAUCCACGUAACCUGUGGGAUGAUGAUUUUCUCAUGAGCAUUCUAAUCCCAAAACUCCGUGAAGAAGCCGAAUAUCUAAAGAAGAAUCCAGCACCUCUUACGACAUUAUGCGGAGCUUUUCUUCAUGGUGGCCUGAAUAAUAAACGAAUUUAUAAAUGCAAAUUAUGUAGCAUUCAUAGUAAUAAAACACCGUUUUAUUCCUUCUUUGAAAUUAGAUUACAUUUAACAAGAAGUAAUCAUAAAGUGAGGAUGGUUGACGAUCAAAUGAUCGAAGUUUUUCCCUUUUUGGAGAAUGCGAGUACUUCUCAAAUAUUUCCAAGGAAUAAAACCGAUUUAUUCUUUGCGGCCG